AUAUAUUUGCAAAAUUAAAACUGUGCUGUGUCUUUAAUGACAACUGAUAUUAUUAAAGUAAACUGGCAUUGUUCGCAUGAUAUUUUAAAUGUAAAUUGUUAAACCUACCGCACCGACACGUAGGUUCUUCAGACUGUUUCUAGAAUUGCAAUAAAUCAAAAUGUCAAUUCAGUUUCUAAACCAGUGUCUAGAGCAGACACAAGGACUCAAAAACUCUGAAACGGGAAAUAUCCUUGCUCAACGGGCAGCUGUACUCUACGCAAUGGGAAACUUUGCUGACGUCUAUGUUGAUCUAAAGGCAUGUCUUAAACUCAAUGGAUUGGACUUAAACGAUUUAGAACGAAUUGCAGAUCUUCUGUUGAAGCUUGGAAAAUUCGAGGAUGUUAGAAGUGUGCUGGAGAACAUUUUCUCAUAUUCAUCAAUAAGAAAGUCCAUUUUUCUUAAACAAUUCAACGAGAGUGUUGUCAGUCUACACAGAGCUAAUCAGCAUUUGCAAAAUUAUUCCUACCACCUUGCUAUCACUGAUACAGAGAAAGGAUUAUUAAUCUCCCCCCAGUCGGCUGAUCUCAUUCUCUUUAAGUGUGAGUGCUUGGUGUUCACUGGGAAACCUGAAGGAAGGAGUUGGUUCUCCAAGAUAGUUUUCUCUCUACUAUCUCCUGAUUUACACCAGAGAUACGAGCAAUUGAAAUCAAUCCUUGACUCCAAUGAUGGGUCUGGAAUCUCGCAAGUGCAGUGCAUCAUACUAAUGAACAAAAUGCGGGAUAAGGCUAGGCUUGCCUGGGAGAACGGAGAUUACACCAACUCAGAAUAUUUCUUUAAAACCGCCAUCGCGCUUGCAAAAGAUAAACUUCGUAUUCAAGUCGAGCUCCGAGAGGAAUGUGUUGGACUAAUGCUUCAGUACAACAAGCUGGAGCAAGCAACCCAUCAGAUGUACAUCCUCCAACAGCUGAAUCCAAGUCAGUACAAGUACUGGGAGAAGUCUGGAGAUGUAUUGAUGAAGUUAUCCAAGUUUCCUCUCGCCGUGGAACAGUUCAAGAGAGCGUAUGAGAUGUGUGGAGAUGGAUCUGUUCUACGCAAGCUUGAGGCGGCUCAGGCUGCAGCUCGACCUAACUACUAUCAGAUACUGGGGGUAUCUACUUCAGCUAGUUUCCAGGAGAUAAGAGCAAAAUAUAUCAAUCUGGCAAAGACUUUGCAUCCUGAUCGAAACCAGCUCCUGAGUUCUGCGGAAAGAUAUGAGAAGGAAGUAAGGAUGAAACUCGUUAUUGUAGCCUACACCUGUCUCAGCAACCCUCAGACUAGAGCUAGAUACGAUGCAACCACUCUCCGAAACUACAACUUCUAAUCAUUCCCCAAAAUAACCAUUUACAUGAUUAACGUAUCCUUAUUUUAUAUGUUAUGUAAAUUUUUGUAAAACACCAUUCGUUUGUGACUAUUUGGCGCAACAUUUUUCUAUUUACGUUCCGAAAUUUAUUGUUGAAAAUUUGU